AUGAAUCUAUCUGCCCCCCUUUUGAGACCCAUUCCUCUCUCCUCGUUUUCUUGUAGAUGUUUGAUCUGCCACUGGAUAUCAGCGUUUCUUAAAUAUCUAUCUCGUUUACAGAAGAUUAUGCAGCCAUGGAUGCCAAGAACAAUCCAUGGUUCUUGGUAUUCGUUAUCUUCAUCUACUUCUCACAUAAUUCUCACCACUCCUUGGCAGCCGACACCAUAUCUGGCAACCAAUCCAUCUCCGGUGACCAGACACUUGUCUCUCCAGGUGGGGAUUUCAUACUCGGAUUCUUCAAACCAGGUAACUCGUCUAACAACUAUAUAGGCAUGUGGUACGGUAAAGUUUCUACACAAACCAUAGUCUGGGUAGCAAAUAGAGACAACCCCAUCUCUGAUAUACACUCUUCAGAGUUGAGAAUCUCAGAUGGAAAUCUAGUUCUCUUUGACGAGUCCAAAAGUCCCAUCUGGUCAACAAGUGUGAACUCUACCAGUUCAUCUCCAGUCGAAGCAGCUCUCCGUGAUGACGGAAAUCUUGUUCUGAGAGAUGGGUCUAACUCAACAGAUUUAUUAUGGCAGAGUCUUGAUCAUCCAACAAAUACAUGGCUCCCUGGUGGCAGACUUGGACUGAAUAAACGCACUGGAGAAACCCAGCUUCUCCUUUCAUGGAAAAAUGAACAAGAUCCUGCACCAGGCCUCUUCAAUCUCGAGUUGGAUCCAAAUGGAACCAGCCAGUAUUAUAUACUGUGGAACAGGUCUCAGACAUACUGGACCAGUGGAACUUGGAACGGCAAAAUUUUCAGUGAUGUCCCUGAAAUGACAGCAAACUAUAUCUACGACUUCAGUUAUGUUACCAACGACAAUGAGAACUAUUUCACAUAUUCUUUGAAAGAUAAAACGAUCAUAUCUCGGUUUGUGAUGGAUGUUUCGGGCCGGAUUCAGCAACUGUCCUGGUUAGAAAACUCCAAACAAUGGAAUUUGUUUUGGUCCCAACCAAGAACACAAUGCGAAGUUUACUCUUUUUGUGGGGCAUUUGGAAGCUGUAAUGAUAAUUCGCAGGUUCCAUGUACUUGUUUGACAGGUUUUGAACCAAAGUCACAAGCUGAUUGGGAUUUGCUGGAUUAUUCGGGCGGUUGUAAGAGGAAAACAAGUCUGCAGUGUGGAAAUACUAGCCUUCCAAAUGGCCAGAGCGACAAAUUUGCAGUCACCCCGAAUGUGAAUUUAAAUCAAGAUUCACAGAAGAAGGAUGUUGGGAGUUCCGAAGAAUGCAAAUCAACUUGCUUAAGUGACUGCUCUUGCACUGCUUACGCUUAUGACAGCAACGGAUGUUCAAUUUGGAUUGGAGAUCUGAGUGUAACACAGCUCGCAGGCACUAGCUCUAAUGGAAUGACUGUCAAUAUCAGGCUUGCAGCUUCAGAGUUCAACAGUUCUAGCAAUAACAGAGGAAUGAUGAUUGGUGUUAUUGUUGGCUCGGUAACCGCAGUUGUUUUCCUAGUCAUUCUUGCACUUAUAUACACAAGACACAGAAUGAGAAGAACCAUAAAAGCAAAAGCAGUAGACGGUUCAUUGUUGGCUUUUGGGUACAGGGACUUGCAAAAUGCGACAAAGAAUUUCUCAGAGAAAUUGGGUGGUGGAGGAUUUGGUUCUGUUUUCAAAGGUGUGUUGCCUGAUUCCAGCGUUAUUGCUGUGAAGAAGCUAGAAGGCAUCAGCCAAGGGGAGAAGCAAUUUCGCACAGAAGUUAGCACAAUCGGAACAAUCCAGCAUGUCAAUCUCGUUCGUCUUCGUGGAUUCUGUUCAGAGGGUAGUAGAAGGUUGCUGGUUUACGAUUACAUGCCCAAUGUUUCUUUAGAUUCCCAUCUUUUCCAUGAAAAGAACUUGAAGGUCCUAGACUGGAAAACAAGGUACCAAAUUGCUUUGGGGACAGCUAGAGGGUUGACGUAUCUUCAUGAAAAGUGUCGAGAGUGCAUCAUACAUUGUGACAUAAAGCCAGAAAACAUUCUUUUAGAUGCUCAGUUUUGUCCAAAAGUGGCAGAUUUUGGCCUUGCAAAGCUUGUUGGGCGGGAAUUUAGCAGGGUCCUGACAACCAUGAGAGGAACAAGAGGUUAUCUAGCACCAGAGUGGAUUUCAGGAGUAGCAAUAACUCCCAAAGCCGACGUGUACAGCUAUGGAAUGAUGGUUUUUGAACUUGUAUCUGGAAAGAGAAAUGCAGCGGAAUCUGAGGAUGGGAAGGUGAAAUUCUUCCCAUCUUGGGCGGCAAGCCAAAUAAUACAAGGGGGAGACGUCCUUAGCCUAUUAGACCCUAGGCUGGAGGAAAACGCUGAUGUCGCGGAGCUCACAAAAGUUUGUAAAGUCGCUUGCUGGUGCAUCCAAGACGAUGAAACUUUUAGGCCAUCAAUGGGUCAGGUAGUCCAGAUUCUAGAGGGGGUAGUGGAUGUAAGCAUGCCCCCUCUUCCAAGGUCUCUGCAGAUGUUUGUUGACAACCAGGAACACAUCAUUUUUUUCACGGAGUCAUCAUCAUCUGGCAAGAGUUCCCUAACGCAGAGCAGCACAUCAACUGCUUCAUCUCAGCCUAAAAGCACUAUAUCAUCAACUAGUUCCACCACUCAACUAGGUCAAUGAGGGGACCAGGAUAUGUUGUAGCCGUGAAGAAGGCAAAAGGAUUCCUUUAGAUUUUAGCAUCAAGUGGCUAUCUCAUUAUUGCAUUGCAUAUACCUGCAUGAUAAUUGUAACCUGGCUAAUAUAAUUUCUACUGAAACUCAUGUAGUCAAUAUUUCAAUCUUUCCGACCAGUACCAGUAUUAUUAUGACAAUAAAAAAUUGUAUGCCUUGUCAGGACAAUCUCUUUUACAAGAUUCCGGUAAGUGAAAGGGCCUGGGAGUUGCUGCCUAGAACAGCUUAGGAUGAAUUCUACUCUUCUGAAUCCUCUUCCUCCAUGGACACCAACCCCAAUAGCUUUACAUUCUCGGUGGCUCACUUCAGCUCUAGCACCUCUCAUGGCAGAUUCAUCACCAUCAUCUGAAAUUCAUAUUGAGCUACAAUUUGAAUGGGAGUCGAGUUUUUUACGUUUGAUUUGUGUACAGUAUGAUAUUCGGCUAUUUGUUUGUUUUCUCUUGUUCCGGAGAUUUGCUGUAUCAUUAUUAUGAUGAAAAAUGACCUUUCCCCCCGUUUUCUAAAAUUCAAUCUUGAGAUUUACUCUUAUUGAGUAUUAAGGAAUGUGGGAGAAGAAUGACCAAAUCUCGGCUGUUCAAAUU